AUGGAGGAAGAGAUGCAGCCGGCAGAGGAGGGGCCCAGCGUCCCCAAAAUCUACAAGCAGCGCGGCCCCUACAGCGUCCUCAAGACGUUCCCCGGCAAGAGGCCCGCGCUGGCCAAGCGCUACGAGCGACCCACCCUGGUGGAGCUGCCGCACGUGCGGCCGCCCCCGCCGCCCUUCGCCCCGCACGCCGCGGUCUCCAUCAGCAGCAGCGAGCCGCCGCCGCCGCAGCAGUUCCAGGCGCAGGGAUCUUUCCCCCCUGGGCCCGGCCGGGCCAACGCCGCCGCGUCGUCGUCGUCUCCGUCCGGCACGCCCGCCGCGUCCCAGGGCCACCUGAGGACUACGGCGCCGCCGCCCGCGGCCCCCGCCGCGUCAUCAUCCUCCUCUUUCGCCGCCGUCGUCAGGUACGGGUCGAGCCCGGCGGCCGCCGCGGGCAGCAGCAGCACGGGCGGCGACGGCGCCAGUCUGGAGCUCAGCGCAGAGAGUCGUAUGAUCUUGGACGCUUUUGCUCAACAAUGCAGCCGAGUCCUUAGCCUCUUAAAUUGUGGAGGCAAACUUCUAGACUCCAACCAUUCUCAAUCCAUGAUAUCUUGUGUGAAGCAGGAAGGCUCAAGUUACACUGAAAGACAGGAACCAUGUCCUGUUGGCAAAGGGGUCCACAGUCAGACCUCAGACAAUUUAGACAUUGAAAUGCAAUAUAUGCAAAGGAAACAACAAACUUCUGCAUUUUUGAGAGUUUUCACCGACUCCCUGCAAAAUUACCUGCUCUCAGGGAGCUUUCCAACUCCAAACACCUCCUCGGUCAGCGAGUAUGGCCACCUGGCGGAUGUGGAUCCUCUGUCAACAUCCCCCGUGCACACGCUAGGUGGCUGGACCUCCCCAGCAACAUCUGAAUCCCAUGGUCACCCAUCAUCAUCUACGCUGCCUGAGGAGGAAGAGGAGGAGGAAGAGGAAGGCUACUGUCCCCGAUGCCAAGAGCUGGAGCAGGAGGUGAUUUCGCUGCAACAAGAAAACGAAGAACUCAGAAGAAAGCUAGAGAGCAUCCCAGUGCCCUGCCAGACCGUCUUAGAUUACCUGAAGAUGGUGCUCCAGCAUCACAACCAGCUCAUGAUCCCACAGCCAGCUGACCAGCCGACCGAGGGAAGCAAGCAGCUGUUGAACAACUAUCCUGUCUACAUAACGAGCAAACAGUGGGAUGAGGCUGUAAAUUCUUCAAAGAAAGAUGGGAGGCGGCUCCUUCGAUACCUCAUCAGAUUUGUUUUCACUACCGAUGAGCUUAAGUACUCAUGCGGCCUUGGAAAAAGGAAAAGGUCAGUGCAGUCAGGAGAGACAGGUCCUGAGAGGCGCCCUCUGGAUCCAGUUAAAGUAACAUGCCUCCGAGAAUUCAUUAGGAUGCACUGUACCUCCAACCCCGACUGGUGGAUGCCCUCAGAGGAGCAGAUAAACAAAGUGUUCAGCGAUGCUGUGGGUCACGCCCGGCAGGGGCGAGCCGUGGGCACUUUCCUGCACAACGGAGGCUCCUUUUAUGAAGGGAUCGAUCACCAACCUUCCCAGGAUGAAGUCUUCAAUAAAAAUUCCCAGGAUGGAUCUGGUGAUUAGUAGACAAAAUCUUUCCACACGAGCAGCCAGUCCUCUCGAGUUCCAGUGGUGAAUGUUCUAUUACCAUCACUUUAGAAUCCAAAGCAUGUCACUCUAUCAGACUUUACACCUCCUAAACCUAAACUCUCUUGACCUACUGCCAAACAGCUCCCAAUACAAGCCCAUUUUCGGGUUGUUUGGAAAGUGUAUGGAGCCUGCAGAGAUUUUCAGAAUACUAUAUUAUACAAAGAAAAAACUACAGUUGAUUUCAAAUGAUGACUAGUUAGAUGGUGAGGGUGAAAAAAGAUAGGCGAGUUCUUGGUCGCCUGUCUGAUGCCUUCAGGUAAGCUCUGCUUCGUGAGCAGAGCUGGUCCCCAUGGAGGUUAGUCUGGUGCUCAUGGGAGAAGCUUGAGACACAGCAUUGUCCUGAGGGACACGGAACAGGCAUUCUCAUUUUAGUUCAGAUAAGUUGUCUUUAUGUUUUCCAAAGACUUGAAUUUAUACUUCUCAGCAAAGACAUGGGAUAGGUGACAUUUUAUGUUGUGUCUACAUUGACAGAACCUGUUACUAAAACAGAAACCAGAGAUCAGAGGUCACCUCUAGACAAUGAUGAGUUGGAAGCUAGCUCUUUCUCUUUGUUACUUUUCACCAAAAAAUAAAAUUUCUACUGUGUUAAUAAGGAAGACACUAUAUGAUCUCUGGGAUUGACAAACAGUAAAAGUUUUCACUGUGUCAGUCAAGAAACAUCCAAAGAUCCAAAA